GGAAGGUUUUGACAUCUUGUACACAAGCAAGCUACUGGUCUGCACGCUCUAUGCAGCAAACUACUUCUUUGGAUUAAAUUGACUCGCGUUCUCCUUUGCAUCUCACUCCCCGGAUCAAGAAAGGCCACCCUCUGCUCGUCCGUAGAAAUUGAAGUGGAAAGUUGUUAGAUCAUCGCGUGCUUCCAAUGUGCACUAAUCCACAAUCAGUAGGAAGGACUGGCGUGGAUCGAUCAUUUGCGCCUCCCGUCGCGUCAGCGGGAGGUGUACUGCGACGGGAGUGCGCUCUUCUUUGGUGGUGAUGGAGGAGGAGGAUGUGGUGGCAUCAUUGAUUGACACGAGUACACUUUCCGGCAUCUUGAGAUGGUAGCCUUUGGCAAUAGAUAUACUCAAUCACUCGCGCGCGUGCCGUCUUUGUUAAGGUUCGGUAGAGGCAGAAGCUAUGCGUCAAAUUUCCCUGCUUAGGUUCAUAGGAAGCUCGAAAUUGAUCGUGACACAUUCAAGAUUAUCAAUUAUUCUGGAUUCCAUCUGCAAGCUUCAGACUGUUGCAUUAGUGUCACAAGCGCAGACGGCGCCAAGGUAUGUUGAGUAACUUAAUAGAGUAUUAGGGGGUACAAAAAUGGAAGAGGACUCUGACUUUGAGGCGGGAGGCGCCGCUUCUGAUGCCACAAAUGAGGCCAACACGCGUAAACGGAGGAAGCGGCAACCAGCGGCGCCUCUAUCGUUGGACGCGAAGAUGCAGAAAAUUCUGAAGGAUCCGAAGCGGCCUCUGCUGGGCAAGUCAGCAUGUGGCGGAAUAGUCUAAGGCUAAGCGCUUGGUGUUGAACUUAAGUGGAUAAGCAAUCAGCCUUGAUGUAUAGCCGUAGUGACGCUAUCUGAUCGCGCAGAGCUGGGCUAGUCGAGCUUCUUCAUCAUUUCGCUUCACUAAGUCGAAGUCGUCUUGUUUGUUUAUGAUUUUUCAUCGUUGUCUGCUUGUGGUAGUGGUUUUGAUUUCCCUCUAAUAUCUGUGGUUGGCGACAAUGAAGGCCCCAUCUUCGAUGAGAACCAAAGUUGGCGCGUUUGGCCAAGAGCUGCCUUCCAAAAUGGCUGGCUGCAUCUGUUGCGCGAAGUUCGCGCCUGGUGUUGCUGGCUGGGCGACUUUUGGAAUAAAUGCAGAGGGAUUGACGGUGAAAGCUGUUGCCCAGCAUGCUGCAACGCACAUGCAUGGACAAGCGGCAGAAGCGUACAAAAAGGCACUGCGUUCGGUGUCUGUGGAAGGCGCGACUGGUGGAAGCUCGGCGUCCUCUCAAAUCGAUCGCAGCGUCGGCGCCUCCUCCGGUCAAGGCAGCAGUCAACAUCAUCGCGCAAGCCCCUCUUCUACCGAUGUGGAGUCAUCAGCUCCGAAGGUGUCAGCUUCGGUUCCAUCAACUAACAACUUUCACGCUCUCGCUGCUGGGUUCUACAAUAACAAGAGCCUGAACGCGAUCGCCAAAACAGAGAACCGGCAGCCACUAGUUGGGCUCACCACUGUGCAGACCGACUUCAGUCGAUGGACGCUCUCAAACAUAGCAGUCGCGAUGUCCGUCGCGUAUCAGAAGGAGACAGCGGAGUGCCUGAGCUUGGCCGGAGAGGUGUCCUUGAGUGCAGAUAGGCGGCAGCGGCGAGUGCUCCUCUGUGUCAGGGUGGGACUCACUAACCGGAAUGGUACUUCUAUGAUACGCUGACUGCUCUGCUUUUAAUUUAGAUGCCUUACACAGUGGUCUUUUACUUUUUGUUGUUGAUCACCUCCGGCGAGAUCUGAUGAUACAACUUGGAAGUUGGGCUGUAGUUCUACUUGUAGAGCUAAUGGCGCGGCUUCUAGUUCUACUUGUAGGCCUAAUGACUUGUAGGUCUAGUUAUUAGCGGCAUAUCUUCGGGAUGCUGGCUAUCUAAGAAAUUUGACUUCAAACGCUUGUCCGCUAGGGCUUCAAAUGUUUCGGAAUUGAAAUCUUCCCCAGGUAUCGAGAGCGUGUCUCGCUUUCUCGGCUCAGCGCUGGCCCACGACACCAACGCGUUCUCUUUGCGGGAGUGCGUGACCCGAAUUGUUUCUAGCUUCGAGGAGGCUUCUGGCUCUGGUACGGAAUGGCGGGAGAAAGUUGUCUCAGUCACCAGUGAUGGUGGGCCGGAUGAGGUCGUUGCGUGGCAAGUUCUCCGCGAGAUUUUCCCGCGGCUUCGGUGCUGGUUGUGGUGCGUUGCGCAUGCUUUUCGAGUGGGAUCAGAAUGGGGCCUCCGAUCGCGCGCUGGAGGUCCGGCGGAGUUCCUCGGUUAUGGUGGCUUGAGCUUGACAACGCCUUUCCCUUGGAAUCAGUGGCGGCGCGGCCUUCGCGGAAGUCUCGGGUUGGAGUCACCAGAGAGAAGGCCGGCUGCAAUGAUUCGAUGGCGAUUGGGGCGUCUGUUCAUCUUCCUCUAAUGUCUAGUAUGGGAAAUGAUGCAGCAUUUUGAGACUAUCCUCAAAAAGGUGGAAACCGGGGAGAAGAUGGCAGCCACGUUCCGCGACGCUUUCCCCCAGAACGAAAAGGUCAGCCUCUCGUUUGCGAAGCAUCGCUGGAACUCUCUGAGUGCUCCCGCGCGCUUGGUUUUUAAGGAGCACGGGACGAAGAAGACCCUUCCCGCGCUCUUCGGGCUCUUGGUUGCAGUAGCUGAUGCCAGUCGCCUCCCUGGAUAUGCAGACUGGGGCAAGAAGAUUGCCGAAAAGGCUGGGCCGCGCAUGUUGUUCGUUUGGUCGCUCUACGCCGACUACUCGACCCUGGCAGAGGCCAGCACCCGCGUGGCAGAUAGUGACGCCUUCUGUCUUUCUACCGCGUUGUAUGGCAUUUCUUGCUUGGAUACCAGCGUCGUGCUUCACCUGGCUUUUUUUCGCAAUUUUAUAUUAUUUUUAGUAUACAUUCUGACGACCUACCCCUACGACAACGACCUCUAGCGCAACUACCUCGAGCACGACUACACCUAGUGGAGCCAAGCUACUCCUUCCAGCCAUAAUUCUUGGCCAUGUAAUCACUUCAGACUCGAGCCUGGCUGUAUCUUCUCAGUCCCAUGGGUGGUCUUGUAUUUAUUGGCGGUCUUACUUUCCUUCGCCGCCUUCAUUUCGUGAAGCACAGCUUUGCCUUUGUAGGUUAGUGGCAGUGGCCGACUCUUGUUUCUCAAACUCUCAUACUCUGCGGAUGGCGACCUCCUUCGAACUCCAGCUCGGACGAUUUAAAGACAGCCCUCAGAGCUUGACACUUACGCAGAAUGUUUGGCGGUUUCUAUCCCGAUGUCGGACGCCCCUCAUUGUGGCGCCCUCGCGUGACUCGAAUACUCCACAGGGCUCGAGCGCAGGCGAGAUGUGGCACACUGGAGACCCACAACAGCUUCGGUCAGAGUAUUCGGCUGCCUUGCGUGGUUUUCUGCCUAUCGUAACUGAGGGCGUUUGGCGAGUGCGUCAAAUCUUCGAGGGCGACCUUAUCCAGGCAGCGUCUUGCUUUGACUUGGAGCAGUGUAAGGAUGUCUUAUAGUUCUAUUUUGUCAUAGAUUCGACGUCGACCGCUAGGCAGCGUAGGAGUUCAUCUUUUCAGGUGGUGGCUCAUGAUGUGACAUUGACAACAUGGCUCGCUUCGCAUUACAUCACUGCAUCUAUCACUGUCUACUCUUCUUACUUUUCCUCCUCAUGAUCAGACGUGGGGAGACUGCGCGCUGAAGCGCCUCGCGAGAAGUUCAAGAAGCUGGAGGAAAUCUGCUGCCAUGGACUCAGUGAGAGCGGUGUCGCAGUCUUUUCGGUCGUUUUUCCGAUCGCGUUAUCUUCGUACAAGAAGCGACCUCUAGGCGAUGCGGAGAAGCGGACUCCCAUGUGGUGGUGGUGGGUAUGUGCCGCCAAGUCUUUCAAGCAGGAUAACCGGGAAUGGGCGUCGACUACUGAGACAAAGACUCAGCGCCGUUCCUUUCUGCGGGUGCUUCGUUUCUUCUUAUCAUUGACUACGACGACGUGCAACAUCGAGCGACUUUUUUCGCGAUUGAAAGCCGCUGGCGCAACUGGUCUUUCAACGGCAGACAACUAUCUGCAAGUGUGGAGUUUUGGCGACCCGAAUGGACAGGACACGAAACCACUUUACGCUCCUUGGAUACAGCGAGCCCGUGAAGAGUAUGCUACGCUGUUCGGCGAGCGCGUCAACAAGUCCCGAAUAAUGGCCCCGGCGUUCGACUUCACGGCAAAGAGGCGGCGCGCUGACUAUGGAGCCAAGCGUUCUAAAGUCGGCGCAUCAGAAUCUGACACUUCUGUCGCGGCGGCUCUCGCUUCAUCCAGUAGCGCUGCUGCUUCAAGCUUUCCAGAGAAUCUCAGCAGCGAGCUCAACACGGCACUGCGCGUUCCAAACGCCUUCCGGACUUUGCGAAAUGCAGGAUCACAUGCCAAAGGGCAAGCAGCUCCACGGCCUAAGCCUAGCUUCAAGAAGCAGGUCUAUAAAAUCAGGGGUGGCAAGGUUCUCUCGUAUGAGAAGCUGGAGAGCUACGCCAACGACCUCCCGUCCCUCGUGGACUUGGUAGCGCGAUGCGAGGCGAUUUCGGUGAAGGGUCUGAGCAUCGGCCAUUCAAGUGUUGUCUGGUAUUGUCUUGUGCAGCUUUUGUCUCAGUGCUAUCGGUCGAUCUUUACUUUUGGCAACCUUCCUUGUAGUUGUAGCAUUUCGCUUGUGUUGCUCACUUCAUCUACCACGAAGUAACUACCUUGCAUCCACUUCACAUCGCAGGUUUUUUGGCAAGAUCAUGGGGAGAGCAUUUGUGGAGGCGGUAGAGCCCCAGGCGGGAACAGCGCAGGGUGAGAGUGGAAAUUUAGAGCGGCGCCUUCUCUAUUUCCGAGAAAAGCAGGAGAACAAGAUGCAGAACCCGCGUGGAGUCAUCUGCCGCGAUAGUGAUGUCGCAGAUGCCCUUCGCCUUCUACCAAGUUGCUUCAGAGACAGUUGGACAAUAAAAGUCAGCGAUGCACAUGACCCCGAGCCGUAUGGAGUUCGGCCAACGCUAAUCUUGCGGAAGCGGCCUGGCAACAAAGACCCCGAGUUGCCAACGCGGUGGCAGCAAUAUCCACGGCGAGUGUGGUUCGUCGAGCAGUCUCUACUGGCACACUACGACUAGGUCCUCGCGCGUCUCAUGUUCAUGUCUCUCUGUCUUUGCUUGCGUGCAGUAGUAGGAACGCAGCAGCAGCAGCAUACUAAUUCUCGUCUGCCACCUCAUCGUGAAGCUUGCUCUUGGUCUUGAAUGCCUCUCGCAGCUUCGUCUUGCAGAAAGGGCCUCUUGUACUGUUUUGCGUCGAGUUGCCCGAUUUGACGCUUAUUCGACGGGCUUCUUUGACGAUCGUCCAUCGAGAUCGACGCGCGGUUGCGCAUAUUGCUUGCGCCGCCUUUAGACUUUUUGCUUUAUACAGUUCGACUUCCAACGGAUCCUGUGGCGUGAGAUCUGUUUCUAAAAUUUUUAUUGCAUCUGGCAAAGCUAUCACAUUCACACUGAUCUUGGUCUUUGCACUGAUCUAUCCAUCGAUCAGCUCAGUUAGUAGGACCCAUCUGAAGGCUGUAAGAGUGUGUCGCAUGAUGGUGAUGGUGAAGCGAUCAGUUCAGUAGGAUCCAUCUGAAGGAUGUAGGAGCAUCGUAUGAAGAUGGUGAUGAUGGUCCCCCAUCCAAGGAUGUGCGACCUGGUCGCUUGUUGGUAAGCGUAGCGUUAGUAUGCGGCUGCAGUGGUGAGAUGAAUGAUAACGCAGCGCAUGCGGAGGCUUGAUCUGGUCGUUUGGUGUUUGAACGUAGACAAAAGAAUGAACAAGUGCUGGCUUGGUCUAAAGUAGACGCGCGG